GACUGGUUCGAGGGUCAACCUGCUUUCUCUGGACUCUGCACUUGCAAGCGUGUAAAUACUCCGUCGCCGCUCAGACGUUUCACACUGAAGCCGUCGAGCUGCCGGCACCAUGACCACCUUCGACGACAUCCUAGAAGAAGCCGGUAAAUUCGGCAGGUUCCAGAAGGGCAUCUUCUCCUUGCUCUGUCUCGUCUCGGUACCUUUUGCUGGCGUUUACGUAGGCAUUGUGUUCCUGGGCUUCUCCCCCGAGCACUGGUGUCGUAACCCUGCGGUGAAGCAGGUCCAGAUGGAAUGCGACUGGAAAAUGGAAAAGGUGUUGAACUUCACGGUGCCUUUUCAGAACACAUCUGCUGGAGCGGUGCGUAGUCAGUGUGAGAUGUUUGACGUGGAGUGGAACAUAACCGUUCUCAGCUGUGAUGACCUGGACUCCGAGAUCUCCCAGGCAAAGCUCGCUGUGCUGCCCACCACUGCCUGCAAGAAUGGCUGGGACUAUGAUUACGAGGGAAGGGAGUCUUUCGUCACAGAGUUUAACAUGGUGUGUGAGGACGCUUGGUUAUUAGAUAUGUGCCAGGCAGCACUCUCUGUUGGCUUUUUAGUAGGCAGCAUUGCCAUCGGAUACCUUGCUGACAGGUUUGGACGAAAAACAACUUUUCUGAUGUCCUGCGUGCUGAAUACGAUCACAGGGAUCCUAGUAGCAGUAUCUCCUAAUUACAUCUCCUUGCUGGUGUUCAGAGCUCUGUACGGUUUUGGGUCUAAGGGUGGAUGGAUGGUAGCAUUUGUUCUGAUUACAGAGCUGGUGGGAGUAGAAUACCGGAGACCAGUAGCUGUGUUCUUUCAGAUGGUCUUCAGCAUUGGUAUUCUCAUCCUGCCCCUCGUUGCCUACCUCAUCAGUCACUGGCGCUGGUUGCAGGUUGCCAUCACAGCUCCAUACCUCUGCUUUCUGGUUUACUACUGGUUUAUUCCUGAAUCCCCGAGGUGGCUUCUCUCCCAGAACAAAACCCGUGAAGCUGUAGAGAUUACAAAGAAAAUGGCGAAAAUGAACAAAAAGACGCUGUCCAAAAACAUAGAGACACUUAAAGACGAUUGCACAGACACUGCUGUGGCCUCAUUCAUGGACUUGAUCCGGACCCCCAAGAUGAGAAAGCACACCAUCAUCCUCAGCUACAACUGGUUCACUAGUGCUGUGGUGUAUCAAGGCCUGAUCAUGCGUCUCGGCAUCCUGGGUGGAAACGUCUACAUUGACUUUCUCAUCUCUGGCAUAGUGGAGUUCCCAGCUGCCAUCCUCAUCCUCUUCACGAUCGACCGUAUCGGCCGGCGGCUGCCGUUUGCAGCAGCCAAUAUUGUCUCGGGUGCCGCCUGCCUUAUAACUGCUUUCAUUCCAGAGAGUUUGUUCUGGCUGAAAACUGCCGUGGCCUGCGUCGGGAGACUGGGAAUCACUAUGGCUUUUGAAAUGGUGGUGUUCGUGAACACUGAGUUGUACCCGACCUUCAUCAGGAACCUGGGUUUUUCUGUGUGCUCCACUUUAUGUGAUAUUGGAGGGAUUAUAGCCCCAUUCAUGCUAUACAGACUUGCAGUCAUCUGGCUGGAGCUGCCACUUAUCAUUUUUGGAAUCCUGGCAUUGAUUGCUGGUGGUUCAGUGCUCCUGCUUCCUGAAACCAGAGGUGCACCUCUUCCUGAGACCAUUGAUGACAUUGAACACCCACACAAAAACAAAGAGAACACAAUGAAAAGUCAUCAGCUAGAGAAUCUGCUUCACCAAGAUGUGACAAAUAAUAAAGAAACUACAACAGUCUGAGUGGAACUUUUUAUUUUUUACCUCACACUCUGAGGUAACGUGUGGACUUAAAUCUGGCUGGUUUGAUGGACGCCUCACUGUUCAGUAGUGAAGAGCAGACCAGGACUGGAUGUCUCAGCAAUUAUAUCCUGUACACUAGAGGGCGCUGUUUAGAGAAAACUUUGUGGAUCCUGUGGAACUGGUAAACAGAUCUUCAAAGAUUUUUUCAACAAAUUUUAUUUUGUCUGUUAUAUAUAGUUUGUAUUAUUAUUGUUAAUAUUAUCAUAAUAAAAAAAUGCCCAAUUUGA